AUGGAGGCACCUGUCGCUGGGCUCCCCAGCUCAGCAGUAAUGAGCAGAAUCACUGGCACCCCAUUUUCAGAUCUGUUCUCAGGGGUGGGGAGUCCUGGAGACAAGGCCACGGGGUUCCUCGAGGAAGAGCCAGCCCUGUCCACCCUUCCCUGGCCGGGUGAUUCUACUCUGUCCUUUGAAAGGGUCUGCCGACAGGCCGGAGUUCAGUUGGCAGAGGUCACCCCAAUCCUCACACCCACAGCAAACCUUUGCAACCACUUCACUACCUCGUGGGGUGUCGCGGGCCUGGCGGCCGCUUGGUCCUAUUCAGCUAGCCACCAGGCUGGGGUCUCCAGGAAGGCUGUGUGGCAGUCUCGGUGA